UUCAUUGCAUUGCUUGCUUCGCGAAAGGCGUCCCGUCCGGUUCGGAAAACGUUUGGUUGUAAAUAAAAAAGUUAAAUUCGGAAAGGAAUAAAUGCGUGAAACUCAUUUGAAUUUGAACAGCAAAAGGAACAAGUAGAAAGAAAUUUUACUAUGAAAUUUUGUGUUCCAAAUUGAAAAAUAUAAAAUAUCAAUUGUUUGUCUUUUGAUUGAUGGAAGAGUGAAAUUUUUUCGAAACAUUGAAGAAUAUGUGAAAAAUUUGAGAAUAUUCACGAGAAUACAUGAAUAAAAUAAGUGUAAAAUCUAUUAGUAAUAAAUUAAUGCAUGCUGCUGAGGUGGAGGAGAAAGAGGUGCAUAAAAGUUGCGAUUCGAGAAACGUAAACGUUUUUCGACGUCGUCCGAUACAAAUUUUGUUGCCUUUGCCCGACUGAUCAUUUAAAAAGAAGUAGAAGAGGAGACAAGCGCCGGCCGUUUCCAUCCCAGUGUAUAUUGUUUGGACCAAAGAAGUUCCGGUGCUUUAGAAAUCGGAAAUGGAAAGGAAGUUACGAAAUUCGUUUAACCUCAAAGGUGCUACAACUACCUCAAUACCUAGCCCACAGACAGCCCAACAUCAUCAUGGUACAAGGCAGCGAACUGCCGCCACAACUUUGCAGCAGCAGCAACAGCCGGUGGUCUAUAAAAGCCCAGUGACAACAACAACAACACAUAGUAUAAUCUCCGGACCAGUGCAAAAAAAUGAAAAAAAUCCCAAUAACAACAACAUCAUCAAUGAAGAAGUUUCUGCAAUGACAACAGCUGCUGAUGCUGAUUUAAACGAACAACAACAACAAGAACAGCAGCAGCAGCUGGCAGUAGCCGCUCAUGCCAAACCCUUAAGUCGCAAUAAAAACGAAGAAGCCAUUAAUGACUUGCGUACACGCAUUCCUGAAAUUGAGAAUAUUUUCGACAUACACAGUCGCAUUGGCAAUGGCACAUUCAGCACAGUACUCUUGGGUACACUGAAAAAAGAGGCGAAUCUACCGGAAAAUCAGCGAAGAAAGUUUGCCAUAAAACAUCACAUACCAACUAGUCAUCCAGAUCGUAUUAUGAAGGAGCUGCAGUGCAUGGCCAAGAUCGGUGGCACCGACAAUGUCUGUGGCAUUAAUUGCUGUAUACGCUAUAAUGAAUCGGUGGCAUUCAUUAUGCCCUACCUGCCCCAUGAUCGCUUUCAUGAUUUCUUCAGCCGCAUGGAUGUCGCCGAGGUCCAGUACUAUAUGAAAAACCUCCUGAUUGCCCUGCGGCAUGUGCAUCGCUUCAAUGUCAUACAUCGCGAUGUGAAGCCCAGUAAUUUCCUAUAUAAUCGUCGUAAACGGCAGUUUCUUUUGGUUGAUUUUGGUUUGGCCCAACAAGUGGCACCACCGCCGCAGUCAUCACAACUCCCUAUGGCCCAGCAUUCGCCAGUGUUGCUGGGCAAAACCACAAAUCAAGCAAUGCCAGCCCCCGGUGAAGCCAAGAGAUUGCGCGAAAAUGAUGAUAGCCAUGUUCGAAAGGCAUCAGAUGGCAGUACUGCAGUGGCUGUGACUGGAGCCGGUGAAGUUGUCAGCGGCAAUGCCAAGCGUUUACGAUGCACCGGUCCUGAUUACCAGCAAACAAUGGAAUCGGGGACGACCGUUAAAGCAGCAACAGCAGCACCAGCACCUCUUCUCAAUUCUGGUACAUUAACAAAUUCACCCUUUAAAAUGCCCUUAAAACAAAUUAAUGUGAUUCCUAACACUCUCGUAGGGUCAGCAACCACAAAAUCAGCUUUACCGCAUGCUGCAGCAGCUGUAGGUGUUGCGGCGGCACAUAAUACCAAUGAGUUAGGCGUGAAUUCACGCAAAUCCGCUGGGGGUAGUGUAACAAUGAGUAGCCGUUUACAGCAAAAAUUGCGUGCCCAGGGCGGUGCUGAGGCCGCCAGCAGUAAUCACCGCUCACCAUCUUCAAUGGGGGGCAAUAAAAGUCUAGCAACUCAAGGUUCAAAUGGGGGUGGUGGUGGCGGUGUGGCCUCCGACAAUAAGUACAACACAAAUCGCAAUUUAUCUAGUGCCAGUGGUCCGAAAUGUUUCUGCUAUGGCACUUCUCAGGUGUGUAACAUCUGUUUGGUGAAAAAAGAAAUUCAUGCAUCGCGUGCUGGCACGCCCGGCUAUAGGCCACCUGAAGUCCUACUCAAAUAUCCGGAUCAAACCACAGCCGUAGAUGUAUGGGCCUCCGGUGUCAUUUUCCUGUCAAUACUCUCCUCCGUUUAUCCCUUCUUUAAGGCCCCCAAUGACUAUGUGGCCUUGGCCGAAAUGGUUACCAUAUUCGGAGAUAAGGCCAUACGUAAAACUGCAGUUCUUUUGGAUCGUUUGGUCACACUGUCACAGAAAACGAAACCGCUCGAUUUACGCAAACUUUGUGUACGUUUUCGUAAUCGUGUGAAAUACAGUUCGCCGGAGUUGUUGAAAAAAUAUCAAAAUGCCACGGAUGGUAGCUGUGAAGUUUGCAAGAACUGCGAUCAAUUCUAUUUCAACUGUUUGUGCAUGGAGACGAGUUUUGUGACCGAACCAAUUGAUGGCGAUGAUAUUUAUCCUGCCAGUGCCUAUGACUUGCUGUAUCGGCUAUUGGAAGUGAAUCCACAUAAACGUAUUACCGCCGAAGAGGCUCUCAAGCAUCCGUUCUUUGAGGAGUGUCAUAACAACAACAACAAUAAUCAUGAGAAAUCCAACACCACCACCAUCACCAUGGGUUUGGUUGCUGCCGUAGGUGAUUCUGUGGCUCAUGAAUAAAAAAACAACCACAACAUCGGUGACAUGUCUCCCUAGAACUUGUUUGCUGUACAUACCUACCUACCUUGUUUUUGUAAUUUGAUGAUAAUGAUUUGCAAUUUGCCAAAGUUAUUUGUAUUAUAAACAAUAUUCUUGUUGUUAUUAGUUAUUUAAAAUUACGCUUAUCUAAAUGAUGUAUAAAUACGAUGAUGUUUCCUUAAUUUUAAUAUUUUUUCAUUAGCAUUUCAUUGCCACAUAUCUAUCACCCAUUCUCCCACCACCGCAUACUCACAUUCAUUUUCAUUUGUCAUGUACAUAAAUCAUCGAGAACAUUUUUUAUGGAUAAAUUAUUAACAAAAACAAUGAUAUAGAAUAACUCUCUUUUUGUACAUAUACAUAGAAAUUAUAUAUUUUUAGAGAUUUUAUAUACACUUAUUGAGAAAUAGUGAGAAAACAAGAAAAUAUAAGAGUUUAUAUUUAUAAACAAAAAUCGUGA